AUGACAGUGACAUCAGUGUUCAUAAUAGGUGAAUGUGCUGUAAAAAUCAGAGCCGAAAUUCUCUUGCAGCCUAAAUUAAAAAGCCCAAAAUCUGCUUUGCCAGGAACAAAUAAUGUAAUGUUUAAGAUUUUCAGCAAAGUUGAAAAGGUGGUACAGAGAGUGUCUAUGAUCCUGUACCCAGAUUCCCCCAUUGUUAACAUCUUACAUCACUCUGAUAACAUUUGUCACAACCAAGGAACCAACGUGGAUAGGUUACUGUUAACUAAACUCACUACCCUGGGAAAUCUUACAUCUUCCAGCACCGUGUUUUUCUGCUGUGAUAUGCAAGAAAGGUUCAGACCAGCCAUCAAAUAUUUUGGGGAUAUUAUUAGUGUGGGACAAAGACUGUUGCAAGGGGCCCGGAUUUUAGGAAUUCCAGUUAUUGUAACAGAACAGUACCCUAAAGGUCUUGGAAGCACUGUUCAAGAAAUUGAUUUAACAGGGGUAAAACUGGUACUUCCAAAGACCAAGUUUUCAAUGGUAUUACCAGAAGUAGAGGCGGCAUUAGCAGAGAUUCCUGGAGUCAGGAGUGUUGUAUUGUUUGGAGUAGAAACGCAUGUAUGCAUCCAACAAACCGCUCUGGAGCUAGUUGGCCGAGGAAUUGAGGUUCAUAUUGUUGCUGAUGCCACCUCAUCAAGAAGCAUGAUGGACAGGAUGUUUGCUCUUGAGCGUCUUGCUCGAACUGGGAUUAUAGUGACCACGAGUGAGGCUAUUCUGCUACAGCUGGUGGCUGAUAAAGACCAUCCAAAAUUCAAAGAAAUUCAGAAUCUUAUUAAGGCAAGUGCCCCAGAGUCGGGUCUGCUUUCCAAAGUAUAGGACAUUUGAAGGACUGAUAUGCUGCUCACCAUGAGGGACAGGACUGUAAGCCCAGACAAGCUCUCGUCUCUGUUAGAAAUAAAAUGUUAAGUCAAAAA